GAUUGAGGGGGCCACAGCAAGAAAUUAACACCGGAAAGCAUUCUUGACUUUUGCCCUAUAACUUCACAACUCUGUUUCUUCUCAGGAGAGUCCAUCGAUCUGGGACCUGUCCUUUCCGCUUCUGGUUUCUUUAAAUAUUGCCUCUUGUCCACUUGCUUCUCCGGGGUGUUGUAUCAUUCGGUGUUUGCCAGAAGAAGAAGAAGAACCAGAAGUAGCUGCAACAGAAACAAGUUGAGAAGGAAGAGUUUUAAGACUCCGCCACUGCUCAGUUCAGAGAAUGGUUGCUCCCAUGUCUGUCUGGCCCUGGGGAAACUUGGGAGCUUUCAAGUACUUGCUCUUUGGACCUUUCCUUGCACAAGUUCUCUACUCAAGGAUGGGCGAAGACACUGCAAAGAGCAGCUGGUGCCUACAUCUUCUCAUUAUAUGGGGACUUAGACUUUUCAUUCAUUUGCUCUUGGGCUCUUUUGGCAACAUGCUGUUCCUAAACCAAACCCGCCGGAUCAUCAAGCAAGGUGUAGAUUUCAAACAAAUAGACAGAGAAUGGGACUGGGAUAAUUUUUUGAUUCUUCAAGCUUUCGUGGCUUUCAUGGCCUACUACAUCUUCCCAUCACUGGCAGACCUUCCUCUUUGGAACACUAGGGGGCUCAUCACAGUCCUAGUACUUCAUAUAGGAGCUUCAGAGCCGCUCUACUAUUGGGUACACCGAUGUUUCCAUGGGAAAUACUUAUUCACCAAUUACCACUCAUUGCACCAUGAAUCUGCAGUCCCCCAACCUGUUACAGCUGGGCAUGCAACAUUUUUGGAGCAUCUAAUAUUGACAGCAAUUGCUGGGAUUCCGAUAUUGGGGUCUAAUUGGCUGGGACAUGGAUCGCUAAGCCUUGUUUGUGGCUAUUUGGUCGUGUUUGAUGUUCUGAGAUGCUUGGGGCAUUGCAACGUCGAAUUCAUCCCUUAUCGCAUCUUCGAGAGACUUCCCUUCCUCCGAUAUCUCAUUUAUACCCCGACAUACCAUAGCCUCCAUCAUACAGAUUUGGACACAAAUUUCUGCCUCUUUAUGCCACUUUUUGAUGCAGUUGGCAAUACACUAAAUAGCAAAUCAUGGCAACUUCAAAAGGAAUUGAAUUCUGGCUGUGGAAAUUAUAGGAGGGACAUCCCAGACUUCGUUUUCCUGGCUCAUGUUGUGGACCUAUCGUCUUCAAUGCACGCGCCCUUCGUGUUUAGAUCACUCGCGUCACUGCCGUACGCCACUCGUUUAUUCUUGUUACCGUUCUUGCCCAUCCCCUUCGUUGUGAUGCUGGCAAUGUGGGCAUGGGCUAAGACCUUCGUGAUCUCUUUCUACAACCUAAGAGGCCGUCUGCACCAAACGUGGGCAGUGCCAAGAUUUGGAUUUCAGUACUUCUUACCAUUUGCAGCUGCUGGCAUUAACAAGCAGAUAGAGGAGGCCAUUUUAGAUGCUGAUAAGUUAGGAGUCAAAGUCAUCAGUUUGGCUGCAUUGAAUAAGAAUGAAGCACUUAAUGGAGGAGGGACAAUGUUUGUCAACAAGCACCCGGACCUCAAAGUCUGUGUCGUUCAUGGAAAUACCUUGACAGCGGCAGUGAUUCUCGACGAUGUCCCUAAAGAUGUCACGGAGGUGUUUUUAACAGGCGCCACCUCCAAGCUCGGGAGGGCCAUUGCGCUCUAUCUUUGUCGAAGGAGAGUACGAGUCCUCAUGCUAACUCUCUCAACAGAAAGAUUUGAGAAAAUCAAGAAGGAAGCGCCAGCCGAUUGUCAGAACUACCUUGUGCAAGUGACAAAGUACCAAGCAGCUAGGACUUGCAAGACAUGGAUAGUCGGGAAAUGGAUCACGCCGAGAGAGCAGAGUUGGGCCCCUCCAGGAACACAUUUCCAUCAAUUUGUGGUGCCGCCGAUUUUGUCAUUCAGAAGAGACUGCACAUACGGCGAUCUGGCAGCUAUGAGACUACCACAUGAUGUCCAAGGACUCGGAAGUUGCGAGUACACCAUGGACAGAGGAGUGGUUCAUGCAUGCCAUGCAGGUGGAGUGGUGCAUCUCCUCGAAGGAUGGACUCAUCACGAGGUCGGCGCGAUCGACGUCGACAGGAUCGAUCUGGUGUGGAACGCCGCGUUGAAACACGGAUUUAAGUCGGUGUCGGCCCCUCGAACAACCUCAUCCUCUAAAAGUAACUUCAUAAGUUGAGGAAGCACUGGUUGGCAUUGGCAGGAGCUCCUCCUUUUCAAAUUUUUAGCUUUUUAUUCAUUUGGACCCUAAAAGAAAGUUACAAGGCAACAAUCUGUCCAUUUCUAUCGAUUUCACCUUCAUCUGUUGUGCCAAAUAUGAACAUUAUGAAACCAAGGUUAUAUUUGCAUAUGAACAUGUUUUCAUUUCUUUCUUU